AUGACCAGCCGCCUGGUGCUGCUGGCGGUGGUGGCCGUACUGUGCCUGAUGGCACCGCAGGGAGCGACCGCUGCGGGGCAGACAACAGGAAUCGAAGAAAGGUUCACUUGGAACGCGACCUGGGAUUCCUGGGAUAAGGCGUUGGCAUCGAUUCUUAAAAAGAAGAGUCCACCGCCCUCGCCACAGCCGCCAUCACCCCGACCACCACGGCCUUCACGGCCGCCGCCGUCUCCACGCCCGCCGCCAUCACCACCGCCGCCAUCGCUGCCCGCACCACCGCCGCCGUCACCCUCGCCGCCGCCUCCCUCCCCGCCGCCUCCCUCCCCGCUCCCACCCUCCCCGCCGCCUCCCUCCCCGUUCCCACCCUCGCCGCCACCGCCCUCGCCGUUGCCACCCUCGCCGCCACCGCCCUCGCCGCCGAAAUCUUCGAGACUCAUUUCCAAACCAAACAAAUGGAAAUCCUCGGCCACAUCCUCGCAACAGGACCCAUUGCACCAGUCGCUGCUAAGUAGGGAUUCUGUGCCAGGUACUGAUUUGAAGGCUCAAGAAAACGAUAUUGAACUCGAGGCGAAGCUGUCGCCAGCAUCACACGCAGCCACCAUCACCAUCAGGAACAGCGAUGACGGUAAAGAGCCUAGCCCUCCAUCGCCGCCAACUUCUCCGUCGCCGCCCAGCCCACCAAAUUCUCCGCCGCAACCUAACCCUCCAUCGCCGCCAAAUCCUCCGUCGCCGCCCAGCCCGCCAAAUCCUCCGUCGCCGCCCAGCCCGCCAAAUCCUCCGUCGCCUCCAUCGCCACCCAAGGCCCCUAAGUCUCCGUUCGCUCCCAACGCACCCGGCAAGGAGUAUGAGCAAUUCAAGAAAAAGAAGUGGAUGUACAUCAUUUCCAACUCCAAGUACUCGUACGAGGGCGCCGACUACUUCUGCCAGUCCAAGGGCUACAUCUUGGUGCCGUACUAUGGCAAAUACAAAAAAGACCACCAAGACGCAGCCUACUCGGCAUGCUACAUGAGCGGCAAAGGUUGUUGGCUUUGGGACUCUGAGGAGGGUUCCUGCCCAUACGUGGAUCCCAAGGGUGACGGCGAGGCGUACGAGGGCGACUGCAACGACAAGAAUUACGCUUUCUGUUACAGAGGCUGGGGGGAGAAGAAGAAGCAGCCCUGA